UGAGUGAAAAAUGAAAAACAAAUUGGUAACUUGUUGGAAUAAAUUGUUCCAGCUAGUAAUAACUAUUCAACUACUCAUCAAAGCUAAUAGUGAAAAGCGACAUUCUGGAAUGGCUUGUUCAUCUAAAGCUUAUCAUUCAAAAUUGAACUCAUUGUUUCGUUGCCAUUUAGCUUAUUUCCCAUAUUAUCCUGGUAACCAUUAUAAAUUUGGUUCAUUGCUUUGGUUGAUUCGGUUACUUGCUUGGCCUGAUUUGAUUUAUGGUUGCAUCAAAUUUGCCUCGUUGACGGCUGUUUCUUCAUUCAAAGUGGCCGUCGUUUUGGGUGAUUUUACUUGGUACAUGGGAUCGGCUCGUUUUUGGUAUCUAAUUGUUUGCUUUCUGUGGACUUUGAUUGCACAUGGAGUUCGGACUGUUUGCUAUAUUUCAACAAUCAACCAUCGAUAUCAAUAUUGGAUCAAACCGAUGAGUAUACUUGAGACAACCAAUGAUUCCAAGCGUGAAAAACAAUUUACUCAUGAAUUGUGUUACCCUUUGCCACCUCUGUUGAUUAAAUCAACCUUUAUAGCCUUAAAGUCAGCUUUAGCCAUUAGUUAUUUUACGGGUUGGUCUGUCAAUAUACCAAUAUUGCUGUUUUUCCCAAUCAGUUGUUUACCUUUGACCAUUCUCAAUUCAAUCAACACUGGAUUUCAUGGAUUUCUUGCUGCUGCUUGGGAAGUCAAUUUUUCAAUCCUUUUCGGGUUUUAUUUCUACUAUUGUGGUUAUCGUUUUAAUCGGUUGGAGACCAUUUUUUUACGCUCCUUGAAAUCAAGACAAAGUAAAUAUUUUGAGACCAGAUUUUAUGAGCGUAUCAAAAAGAAGCGCUUCCCAUCGAUUUCAUCAACAAAUAGCUUUACACUGUCACUAGUACAAUACGAGGAAAACAUUUUACUUUUAUGCAAAGAAAUUAAAAAAUCAAGAAUCUUUUGGGAUAAAACAAAUAACAUCAUUUUUAUGGGAACAUUUCUCGCAGAAACGUUACUUAUUUAUUUGAUAUUUUUCGCAAAAGGCGUCACUAGUGUCAUGCUUUAUAUAAUGAUUUGGCUUGGAUUUUUAACCAUUUUUUAUGGUCAAUCUAUCAACAUAAUUCCGGGUAUUUAUUGUCAACGACAGUACAAUCAAUGUGUCGCGACAUUAUUCAACUAUGUUUCUUCAGGUGUUCCCAUCCCAGUUGAUGUCAAAGUCAAGGUGUUAAACACGUUGGACUAUUUGGUUGAUGACAAAGUAUUGACCGUGUUUUGGUGCUUGUAUGCAAGCAGUUGGAACUAUAUUAAAGUGCAAGCUGAAAUUGCUAUGUUAUUGCUACUUUUGAUAGCAAAUGCUCGGAGUUGAUCACAGUUAUUUCCAAUGGCUCAAUAAUUGGACCAAUGUUGACAAAGCGUAAAUGUAAUUAAUGAUUUAUCUGUUAUUCAAGGCAAAUUUAAUCACACGGUAGUUGACUUUAAUAGGUCGGGAUACCCAAAAAGGUAGCGCUAGUUUUUUUCUGCCCUUUGGUUGUCUCUUUACUUCUGGUUAGUUUGGUGUUUCUCGGUCUAUUUGUUGAUUUUUUAUUUACAUUUCGAAGUGACUGACCAAGAAGUCCGACCAAGGUAAACUAAAAAAAACAAACCAUCUUAAAGGUCACGUCAACUACCGUGCGCUACUCUAAUACAAAAUUAUGACUAAUUAACUUAAACUUUAACUACUUUUUUAUCGUGAUCAAACCCAGUUAUCAUGUGUCAGUAUAAUAAGAAUAUUUUCUCAAAUUUCAAAAUAUGAAUGUUUAAUAUAAAAUAUGCGGUAAAAUUGAAUGAAUUAUUUUAUCAAAUAUUCAGCAUAGAAAAUUAAGUUUGCCUCAUUUUUGGUAUCUUAGCGCAUUGUCAUAUCUUUCAUGAUCUUUGACUGUAUUUUUUGAAUUAAAGUUGCUUUCAAAGAUACCAAAAAUGAAGCAAAGCUUAAUCCCUAUAAUGUAUAAGGGAUUUAUGAAUUUUUUAAAAUUAGGACUGAUCCUUAAUGGGUCGAAAUGAUCAAUAAUCAAGGAAUAAGGUGAUUCCGAAAUAUCAUUUUUAUUAUUUCCAAAAAUGUUUAGAUUAGAAUAGAUCAAUUUAAUAAAUGAAAAUAAGGAGA